AUGGCCUGGCCUCAAAUCGAGCCAAGCACUCCCCAUCUGACAUACCUCUAUCUUGCAUUCUUCCUCAUUCUCUACGCCUUGUUUUCAGAACUCAUCCGAAAUCGAGCUCAUCUCUCCGAACCACCUCUAGCGACUCUUGCGGGCGUCUUCGCCGGGCCUCAAGGCGCCAGAAUACUUGACCCAGUGUCAAAAUGGGGAUGGGAGGACAAUAUCACACAUGAACUUGCACGAAUCAUUACUGGUGUACAAUGUUUUGCCGUUGGCAUAGCGUUGCCGGCAAAGUAUCCAAAGCAUCAUCAGCGGAGUAUUGCUGUGCUCUUGGGUCCGACAAUGACCGCCGGCUGGAUCAUUUCAGCCCUCAUCGUUCACUUUGUGCUCAAGACUACAUGGGUAACCGCCCUGAUAGUGGGCGCCUGCCUGACUCCGACAGAUCCAGUGUUGUCAUCAAGUGUUAUUGCUGAGGCAAAGUUCUCGCAGAGAGUCCCCCAGCGAAUCCGACACCUUUUAUCCGCAGAAUCUGGUUCGAACGAUGGCACGGCAUUCCCAUUUUUGUACGCGGCCCUAUAUGUCGCCAUAGCCAAAUCCGCCGGACAAGGAGUCAGAAUGUUCAUUACCGAUGUUCUUCUUUGGCAGUGUCUGACAGGCGUUGUUUUCGGCAUUAUCAUCGGCCUCGCUGCGAGGCGGACGCUCCGAUUCAGCGAAGAUCGCGGCUACGUGCAAGAGUCAACGCUGUUUGUGUUUUACUUUCUUCUUGCCGUGCUCUGUGUCGGCGUUGGAAGUACUCUCGGUCUCGACGACUUCCUCGUUUGCUUCAGUGCCGGAACCGCGUUCUGCUGGGAUGGAUGGUUUUCUUCAAGAACAGCAAGAAUGAAACUUCCAAGCAUCCUUGACCUCAUGCUCAACUCCACCAUGUUCGUCUACUUUGGCUCCAUCAUCCCCUGGCAGAUGUACAAAGAUAACCUCGCACCGGGAAGGUUGCUGUUAUCCGUGGUGUUGAUCCUGCUGCUGAGGCGUCUGCCAGCGAUGCUCGCACUGAAAAGAUUCAUCCCAGAUGUCAAAACGUACGGAGAAGCAGUCUUCGCAGGACAUUUUGGACCGAUAGGGGUAGGGGCGCUGUUCCUUUCUAUCGAGGCCCGGGCACGGUUAGAGACAGGUACAUCCGAGCCAUUGCCGCAUCCGCCAAAGCACAGUGGUCACCGGGAAGCCAUAGACACUGUCUGGCCUGUCGUUUGCGGUGUGGUGUUUUCUUCUAUCAUGGUUCAUGGUUUCUCACCACUUGUUAUGAGCAUCGCGAGUCAUUUCAUGAGGCAUCCCAAAGAACGCUCAAAUACGGUUGGUGGAGACGAGGCUGGCUUGGGAGGCAUGUUACACGAAGACGAAGAUGGCGAUGAGGAGGAGAUCGAGGGAAGAUACACCGACGAGGUCGAUGGUCAUGCGUGA